AUGGACAAGUACGAACUAGUGAAGGACAUCGGAGCCGGCAACUUUGGGGUGGCGAGGCUCAUGAGGAAUAAACACACAAGAGAGCUCGUUGCCAUGAAGUACAUCGAGCGCGGCCACAAGAUUGAUGAGAAUGUGGCCAGAGAAAUAAUAAAUCACAGAUCACUACGCCAUCCAAACAUAAUUCGGUUCAAGGAGGUUGUUUUGACCCCAACUCACCUUGCCAUCGUUAUGGAGUAUGCGGCUGGUGGGGAGCUCUUUGAACGCAUUUGUAAUGCUGGGAGAUUCAGUGAAGACGAGGCCAGAUAUUUUUUCCAGCAGCUUAUCUCAGGAGUCAGUUACUGUCAUUCUCUGCAAAUUUGCCAUCGAGAUUUGAAACUGGAAAAUACCCUAUUAGAUGGAAGUCCAGCACCACGCCUGAAAAUCUGUGAUUUUGGUUAUUCUAAGUCAUCUCUGCUGCAUUCCAGACCAAAAUCAACGGUUGGAACUCCUGCUUAUAUUGCACCAGAAGUUCUUUCCAGGAGAGAAUAUGAUGGCAAGCUGGCAGAUGUUUGGUCAUGUGGUGUGACCCUUUAUGUCAUGUUGGUUGGAGCAUACCCAUUUGAAGACCAGGCAGACCCCAAGAACUUUAGGAAAACUAUUCAGAGAAUAAUGGCUGUUCAAUACAAGAUUCCAGACUAUGUCCACAUUUCUCAAGAUUGCAGACAUCUCCUUUCUCACAUAUUUGUUGCCAAUCCAGCCAAGAGGCUCAGCAUUAAAGAAAUCAAAAGCCAUCCAUGGUUUCUAAAGAACCUUCCUAGGGAACUGACCGAGGCAGCCCAAGCCGCUUAUUACAGGAAAGAAAAUCCAACUUUUUCCCUCCAAAGUGUUGAAGAGAUCAUGAAGAUUGUGGAGGAUGCUAAAGUUCCUCCACCGUCAUCCCGAUCAAUCGGAGGUUUUGGCUGGGGUGGAGAAGAAGAUGUUGAAGCGAAAGAAGAAAAUGUAGAGGGGGAGGAGGAAGAAGAGGAUGAAUAUGAGAAAAGAGUCAAGGAGGCACAUGAGAGUGGGGAAGUUCAUGUCAGUUAAAACAAGAAGAGAUUCCCUUCAAUUGUAUGCUAGAAUUUUGCCUUAUGCAUAUUUUUACUUGAGGUUGUUUGGGUGUCUAUUACCUGUAAAAAGUUGGUUUUUUCCCCCCCUUCUAAGUAUAGGAGCAGAGUUUAAGUAUUUGUAAAUUAGUCGCAUAUCAUCGAAAGAAAGUGUGUCUAUGUAUUUCAUCAGUUUAAGAGUCACUGCAGAUAUUGGAAUUAUUAGGAUUUGAAGAUGUAAUUGGGGUUUAUCAUUUUCUUUGGAGAGAGUUUGCACACAACUAGAGAGUUCUCUGCAAGACUGUGUGAUCAGUGGAUCCUUGAGUUAUCUAUGAAGAAAAUUUUAUAGCUUGUUUCAA